CGAUCGAAUGUCAUUCGAGCAACGGGAUUUCCUGUUUGUUAUCAGUCCAACAUUAUUUCUGUUUUUCUCCUCUCUUGUCUGAUGAUAACUGCAACCCUCUCUGAAUACUAUUCCCCGAGUCAGCCUUAGCAGCAGAGCAGGUAGCGCUAUUCGUUCUUGCGGUAGGUGCGCGAUACUUGUGGCUUAUUCCACUUAACCCGUGAAGUAUACCGUAAGCACGAACGUUCCACCGAACGAGACAGAGCUGGCUUUCUAACGACAGGGGGAGGGCAGCCGUGCAUGACAGUUGACGAUUGUAGUUACAGCCAGCUACUCCCCGCCUGUGGCAUUCGGUCAAGGAAAUUGAGUGAGGGGCUGCCGGUCGCCUUUCAUAUUGUUGAAAGCUGGUCAGACAACUGAGUCUACUCAGCGCGGGACCCGAGGAUAUCCAAGCUAACUAAAAUGGCUGUUGAAGUGAAUGUCCCCGACGGUCCAACCUACAUCGACAUGGACGGCUUCCGCCUCAGCAAGAACUUUACUCUGGAAAACUAUCGCACAGCCAUUGCCUACCGGCCUCGUCCAGAUGACCUGUUCGUCGUCACCUACCCGAAAUGUGGCACGACCUGGACCCAACACAUCGGCUACCUCCUCUUUCACGAGGGACAACCGCCUUCCAGUGCGAUAGACUUCUUCCGCAGUAGCCCUUUCCUGGAAAUGUUCGGUGCGGAAGCGGUAGAGGCGAUGGAAAGACCCGGGCUAAUCAAGACCCACCUCCCUUACUCCAAGACACCGAAGCAUCCUCAAGCGAAAUACGUCUACGUCUGUAGAAAUCCGAAGGACUGUUGUGUGUCCUUCUACUAUCACACCAAGGGGUUCUCGGGCUACGAGUUUUCGGACGGAAAGUUUGAAGACUACUUCGAGAUUUUUAUGACCGGACAAACUGACUACGGCGAUUAUUUCGAUCACGUUUUGUCCUGGUACGAGCACAGGAAUGAUCCUAAUGUAAAAAUUAUACACUACGAAAACAUGAAAGCAGAUCCCAGGGGGGCAAUCCUGGAUAUGGCGAAGUUUCUAGGCGGAGACACCUACGACAUUAUAGUGAAGAACGAAAACAUGUUAAAAAAUAUUGUGGAGUACAGCGACAUCAAGUCAAUGAAGCAGCACGCCGAAAAGAAUUUUACUGAGUUCUUCACUAAUCCUUUAACAGAGGACGUGUCGAAAGGAGUCCAGGUUUUCCACGAAGUGUCCCAAAAGCAUCCUGGUACGGCUAGUUUUACUCGGAAGGGAGUUGUUGGCGACUGGAAGCGACAUUUUACGGAGGAGAUGAACAGGCGGAUGGAUGCCAAGAUCAUGGAGAGAUUGUCCGGAACUGACUUCAUUGAUCUAUGGAAAAAAUACGACGUCAUGUAGGACAGGAACCAAAUAAAGUAAGGAUCACCAGCUCCUAUAAGGAAAA